GGCGACGGCGGGAGGUUCGCUGGUUCGGCUCGGGGUAAGAUGGUUGUAUUGUUUGCUGUUUAGUGUGUGGCGUAUAGUGUGUGGUGGUGUGGCUGCUUCACGACGGUGGUGAGUUGUGGUACGUCAGCACACCUGUGGCCUGAGUGUGACAGCAUCUCAAGCAGGGAGCAUCACAGCAGCUCCUCUCUUCCCCUCAGAGCAACAGGUGGACUGGUUCAGGAUGUCUGAAGACGGCAGGCAGAGGUGGAAGCAAGGAGGUGGUGGAUGGAGAGGUGGAAGAGGAAGCUGGAGGGGAGGAGGAGGAAAGUGGAGGGGAAGAGGAGGAAACUGGAGGGGCCGAGGAGGAGGAAGCUGGAGAGGUCAAGGAGGAAACUGGCGGGGUAGAGGAGGGAACCGGAGAGGAGGAAGUAGUCAAGGUGUGCAGGGGUCAAUGCCACCUCCCUCCAGUGUUCCCUGGCCACCCUCCCAGCCAACCAUCACCACACUGCUGCCACAAGUCCCCACACCUUACAAGGGCUGGCACCUCUACAUGACACAGACUUACAGUGAACACUCGGACACAGUUGAGUUUGUGUGUGCCUUUGAGAAGUAUCUGAAGCAAAACUACCACAAGUGUCUGCGCAGUGAACUGGAGGAGCGCAGGGCCUUCUCUGUUGACCUCAAGGAGCUGCUGAGUGAUGAAGAUGUCAAGACAGCAAUGCCAGAGCUGCCCAAUUUGGUCUUGAAUUCACCAGAGGACGUCAUCAACUGUCUGGGUCUGGCAAUGCAUCAGCUGCUGACAGAGGAGAUUGAGGCGGAGCUGAAGGCAGAAGCAGAGGAGGUGCUGGGCGGGGCGACAGAUGGUACUGACAGGGCAGCUCUGGAGGCCUUGGUGCCAGACACACAGCUGCCACGCAUCCAUGCCCGCCUCACCAACCACAGCAAGGUCACCAAGCUGGGUGCCCUUAAGUCCAGCCAUUAUGGCAAGCUGGUGAGUGUCCGGGGAACAGUGGUGCGUGUGAGUCCUGUCAAACCGCUAUGCACGGUGCUGGCCUUCUCCUGCCUGGGGUGCGGUGGGAUGCAGGGUGUAGGGCAGCCAGAGGGGCGCUACCUGGUACCCUCCUCCUGUGCUGCAACGCCUGGCUGCCGCUCUCGUUCCUUUGUGCCAGAGAGAUCCCACCGCCUCACUCACACUGUAGACUGGCAGACCUUCACCAUGCAGGAAAUUAUCAGUGAUGACCCAAGGGAGGGGGGCAGGAUCCCUCGCACAGUGGACUGUGAGGCCAAGGAGGAUUUGGUGGAUUCCUGUGUGCCGGGAGACUUGGUCACUGUCACUGGCGUUGUCAAGGUGAGCCAGAGUCAGGAGGGGCGUGGUAGCAAGGGGGACAAGUGCAUGUUUCUGUUGUACAUCGAUGCCUCAUCCGUCACCAAUGGCAAGGGUCGUGGUGCCGGGGCUGACUCCGCUUCAGUUGGCAUUGAGUUCAGCCUCAAGGACUACUAUGCUAUUCAGGAGAUCCAAGCAGAGCCAAACCUGUUCCGGCUGCUGGUGGGGUCUCUGUGCCCAUCCAUCUAUGGCCAUGAGAUGGUGAAGGCGGGGCUGCUGCUGUGCUUGUUUGGGGGCUGUGGCCGGGGGGGCAAGGGAGGAGUGGCAGUGCGGGGCAAUUCUCACAUCUUGGUGGUGGGAGACCCUGGCCUGGGCAAGAGUCAGAUGCUGCAGGCGUGUGCAAAUGUGUCUCCCCGUGGAGUGUACGUGUGUGGCAACAACACCACCACGCCGGGCCUGACGGUGACGCUGUGCCGGGAGGGGGGCGGUGCGGGGGAUUAUGCCAUGGAGGCAGGGGCGCUGGUGCUGGCUGACCAGGGCUCCUGCUGCAUUGAUGAGUUUGACAAGAUGGGCAGCCAGUACCAGGCACUGAUGGAGGCCAUGGAGCAGCAGACAGUGAGCAUCGCCAAGGCGGGAGUAUUGUGCACACUACCGGCCCGCACCUCCAUCCUGGCAGCAGCCAACCCCUGUGCCGGCCACUACAACAGGGCCAAGACUGUCUCUGAAAACCUGAGGCUCAAACCGGCCAUGCUCUCUCGCUUUGACCUCAUCUUUGUUCUCCUCGACAAGCCAGAUGAGGAGCUGGACUGCCGCUUAUCGGAGCAUGUGAUGGCAUUGCAUAGCGGGAUGGGUGGCAAGAUGGGCCACGCAUCAUUCUCCAAGAGCAGGAACUCCAGCUUUGCCUCCACCUCCUCCACACUUGAUGACGAUGAUGACAAGCCCCUCAGUGAGUACCUGAAGCAGCCCACCUGGGAGCCCCUGGAUCCUGUGCCUCACCAGCUGCUCAGGAAGUACAUCUGCUAUGCCCGCCGCUACGUGCACCCGCGCCUCAGCCCAGCUGCUGCCAAGGUGCUGCAGGAGUUCUACCUUGACCUGCGGCAGAACCACGUGUCUGACGCUAUCCCCAUCACCACUCGGCAGCUGGAGUCACUGGUGCGCCUCACUCAGGCCCGGGCGCGGUGUGAGCUGCGGGAGGAGGCGACGGGUCAAGAUGCACAGGAGGUGAUUGAGGUGAUGCGCUUCUCCAUGAAGGAUGCUUUUGCUGACGACCUGAGCCUGGUGGAGUUCCAGAUGUCCCUGGGAGAGGCAAAGACGGGAUCCAGGGGGCCGGUGAAGAAGUUCAUAGCAGGCCUGACUCGGCUGUCAGAGAAGACCUGCAAGUCAACCUUCAGUGUGAACGAGAUGAAGCAACUCAUCAAGCAAAUGAACCUGAAGGUGCCGGACUUUGGAGACUUUCUGUCCACCCUGAACCACCAUGGCUACCUCAUUAAGAAGGGCCAGGGUGUGUAUAGGCUGUCCUCCUUUGACUGCUGACAGGGAGUGGAUCCUCAGCUCGCACCUCUCCUUCUCCUGACGGAUCGCCUCCAUCUGGUUGGUGAGGCGACGGAUCUUCUCACUGUCAAUCUGCCGCUCUCGUCGGUGGUCACUGCUCAUCUCCAGUGUCUGUGAGGAGAAGCACAUCAACAAAAUAAGAUGCCCUUUCACACUGCCCUUCAUGUAAUGACCUGCUCAUCUUUAGUGUCUGAAAAUGUAUAUAAAGAAUACAAGAUCUCUUCUCAAACUUCUCUAACAAUUGCUGUCUAUCUACUUAUGUACCAGGCUGGCCUAGACAAAGCACCACACACAUACACACACAUCAUUAGCACUCUAUGCCCUGGUGGAAAGGAACAGUCUUGUGGACCACACUACUACACCCCAGGAGCUUAGGCAAUACAUGACCAUAUUGACUAUCAUAACAAGUUAGAUUCAGAUGUUUUAAUUAAUUUUGUUCCACACUAUAGUUCUAAACAUUAUACUGGCUACACAUUGGAUUAUCUCCUCUUUUCAAUCCUAUUUUGUUUCUUCUACAUACUUGUUAAGACUAUGAGGUGUUUUCAGUUGUUACCUAUUGCAGUGAAACAGUUAAGAGUUUCCCAAUGCAUUCCUUAACAUGACUUUCCUUAACCAGACUACACAGUAAUAAUUCAAAUGAAGAGCAAACAGUAUGAUAUUGUAGUAGAUGAAGAUAUUCCCUUCACUACAAGUCCCCUGUGGUGGAUGGAAGCAGCCCAGCUGAGCACAGCACACUCACCUCCUUCAAGUGCUUCUGCUGCAUCUCUGUGUUCUGAGUCUCCAGAUCGUCAAUCUUCCUCCUCAGUUCCAUGUUCUCGAUGCGCAUGCUGCUCACCGAUGAGUCCAUGUAGGGCUGGUCUGGCCGCCCCGUGUGGCUGUCAGGCUGAGGCCGUCGGUGGUCCUUCCUCUCAUGCUCAUACUGUUGUUUGCAAGACGUUAGUGAGUGCAUGAGGGAAUGACAACGUGGUGUGCUUACUUAUACAUGCCAGGUAUUUACCAAUGACAUUACUGAUGGAACAAUUGGAGCAGCACAUUCCACCACUACUGAUCUACGUAGGUGUGUGGCUACAACUCACAUUUAUAACAGGUGACAAAUGAAAGAAAUGUAAAUUUCAGUUAUUAUAGUUUCUAUUGUCAUAGUUGCUGUCAAGGAACAACAUUAUUAGUUUUAGGUUUAGAUAUUGUGAAAGUUAUUUAUCAAAGUUCAUAGUUUUAGAUUCUUAAAUAAACUAAUGGAAAUAUUUUUACUUACAUUUAGUUUUAUAAAUGGAAUUUAUUUCAUCAUGCAACUUUAAAAGUUCUAUAUAUGAUUAUACAAAAUAUAUUUGCAAUAUUUUCUUAAAA